AUGCCCCUCAAGUUGACACCCGCGACCGGUGAAUGGAAGCAAUCAGCUUCAGCAGAACAGUCACCGGUAGCCACCACGCAGUUCCAGGAUGCCCUGCAUAUGUCCAGAGAGCUAUCACGAUGCAUGCAGAGUUUCAUUGCCGCCGCCGCCGGGACACACUUCACCGAUCUCAAUACGCCCAGUGCGGCCUUCGUUCAGCACUGGAAGACUGCAUUCGAAAAAUGUCUCAACGAGUUUGGGGCGCAAUAUGAGCACAAACAAUCCGAUGGCGACAAUGCUGUGAGCCUGCAGGGCGGGGUGUCGCCUCCAAGCGACGGUUAG